CAAUGCUAUAAUCUAUCAUGGCGUAGAAUGAGAGAGAAAGAGAGAGAGAGAGAGAGAGAGAUAGAUAGAUCUCUCUCCCUGAUUCCCAGUUUCAACGCCUUUCCCAACUCUCUCUCUCUCUCUCUCUCUCUUCGCCCUUAUAACCUCUGUUUCUUUGCAUUCCAUUCCUUUCUCUCUCUCUCUUUCCGCCAUUUUCAUAGGAUCCGUCGCUCCUUGAUCAACCAGAUGAAGAUCCAGUGCGAUGUCUGCAACAGGGACGAAGCUUCUGUCUUCUGCGCCCCCGACGAGGCCGUCCUCUGCUCCGCCUGCGACCACCGCGUCCACCACGCCAACAAGCUCGCCGUAAAACACCAGCGCUUCUCUCUCCUCCACCCUUCCCCUAAAAGCUUCCCUCUCUGUGACAUCUGUCAGGAGAAGAGGGCUUUCCUGUUCUGCCAACAGGACAGAGCUAUUCUCUGCAGAGACUGCGAUGUUCCAAUCCACCAAGCCAACGAGCAUACCCAGAAGCACAACCGCUUUCUCCUCACCGGAGUCAAGCUCUCCGCCACCUCCGACCUCUACUCGCCGCCGUCUCCCGCUGCUGGUGUCGGCAACGGGGUUCCGAAUCUCGACCCUCAAAGCACCACCACAGCCAAGAAGUCCAUUUCUGUUCAACCCACAAUUCCCAGCCCACCCGCUGCCGCCGGAGCCAAAGCCUCCGCCGCAUCAACGGCAGCAGCCGCCAGUUUGGGGGAUAAUCAGCUGACCAGUAGCAUAUCGGAGUACCUGAUCGAGAUGCUUCCCGGGUGGCGCGUGGAAGACAUUCUUGAUUCCUCUCCGGCCUCCUUUGGCUUCUGCAAGACAGUUGAUGAAGUUUCGCCGAUUCUGGAUGGCGAUCUGGAGAGUCAAAUGGGAUCAUUUUCUUACCAAGAAAACACUGCGAUUUGGGUGCCUCAAGCACCACCUCCAUCCCAGUACCCAUCUUCAAACUUGGCCUUUGGAGCACAAAUUAGCUUCAAGGAAGGAUCAAUGGAGGCUGCCAACAAGAAGAAAUCCACCAGAAAAUGGAGAGAUGAUGGCUGCUUCACUGUUCCACAGAUUAGCCCACCCCCAGCUGCCUCCAAGAGAUCUAGAACUUUCUGGUAGUAGAAUGAGAAAAACACUCACUUUUCUUUGGAUUCUCUCUCCUCUUCUUCUUCUUCUUCUUCUUCUUCUUUCCUUUUGGGUUUGAUGUGUUUCUUUCUUUCUUCUAGUUAACUGUUUCCUGUUUUAGCCGCUGCUGGGGAAAUUUUGUUCUGGUCUUCUCGUUGUCUCCCAUCAUUGUCCGUGUACUUGCUUGUUGCAGUCUGUAAAUAUCUGAGUAGUUUCAAUCAAA